UGAUAAGGCAGUAGUAGUCAGGGACUUUGGGGGUUAGGAACCCCUCUGGGGUGCAGGCUGGGGUGCCCUGCUGGUAUGUGCCCCAACAGGUUUUUCUCUAUCAGCCUCAAAAUCAGCCUAGAGCCUGUCUGACUUGUCCCCCCAGAGAGCUGGAGCCAGAGGCAGAGCCAGCAGGCCACACAGAAGCUGGUGUCCACACAGGCAGCCGCCAGGCUGUGACGACUGCCACCUCGCCUCCAGCACCUCUGGGCACCCAAGUGCCCGCAAGAACACAUAUAUACAUCAGCUCAGAGAGUGCACCUGCUUACCUAAAGAUCCCUGCCAGAGACGCCAAGGGUGAAAGGCCAAAGGUGAAAGGCCGGUGGCAGGCAGCCAGUGACACCAUGUCUGUGACCAGUGGGAAGACAAGACCAUCCCUGACCCAGGAGAUCCUCAGCCACCUGGGCCUUGCCAACAAGACUGCAGCGUGGGGGACCCUGGGCACCCUCAGGACAUUCUUGAGCUUCAGCGUGGACAAGGAUGUGCAGAGGCUGCUGAGGGCAAUUGCAAGCCAAGGUGUGGACCGCAGCGCCAUUGUGGGCGUGCUGACCAAUCGGAGUAGGGAACAAAGACAGCUCAUCUCUCAAGCCUUCCAGGAGUGCACCCAACAGGACCUGGUGAAGUCCUUGCAGGCAGCACUCUCUGGCAACCUCGAGAGGAUGGUGAUGGCUUUGCUGCAGCCUGCAGCCCAUUUCGAUGCCCAGGAAUUGAGGACAGCUCUGAAGAACCCAGGUUCCACUGAGGAUGUGGCUGUGGAAAUUCUUGCUACCCGAAGCCCACCCCAGCUGCAAGAGUGCCUGACAGUCUACAAACAUAAUUUCCAGUUGGAGGUGGAGAAGGACAUCAAAUCUGAGACCAGUGGCAUCUUGCGGGACCUGCUCCUGGCCCUGGCUAAGGGGGCCCGUGAGAGCUAUUCUGGAAUCAUUGACUACAACCUGGUGGAGGACGAUGUCCAGGCAUUAAAGCAGGCUGAAGGGCCCGGCACAGAGGGCACAUGGGUCAUAAUAUUCACGCAGAGAAAUCCUGAACACCUUGUCCGAGUGUUCGAUCAGUACCAGCGGUGCAGUGGGCACGAGCUAGAGAAGACCAUCCAGAACAUUUUCCACGGAGAUGACCAGGCGGCUCUGCUCAGCCUAGUCUCCGUGAUCAAGAACACACCGCUGUACUUUGCUGAUAAACUCCAUCAAGCCCUCCAGGACAUGGGGCCCAAUUACCAAGUCCUGAUGCGCAUCCUUAUCUCUCGAAGUGAGACUGACCUUCUAAGCAUCAGAGCUGAGUUCAAAAAGAAAUUUGGGAAGUCCCUCUACUCUUCUCUCCAGGAUGCAGUGAAAGGGGACUGCCAGUCUGCCCUACUAGCCCUGUGCAGGGCUGAAGACCUUUGAGACCUCCCUGCCCUCCCUGCCCCACCACAGACAUUCAAGGAUAUGAGAUCCCCAUGUUUGGCUGGGCCUGCAGGAAACCAGCUGGGCUCCAAAUAAGAUAACCCUUCACUGAACACCACAUGCUCCAGCUUCUUGUGGAGGCUAGAAUUUGAAGUUUCUUUCAAGUCCCUUAAUUUCUUCAUCUCAAAGUGAGGUCUAUAUGUGGGUCCCCUAGCUCUGUCCUGGGUAUAGACAUCUCUUUGAUGGUUUCUGCCCUAUUCAUCCUUCCAGUACCCUGGCCAGAACAUCUCACUGAUUCUUGAAUUCUUUUGGCAAA